UCCACAGUGGGCACUCCCUCCCAGCGGACUCCUGGGCCAGGCGCACUGUGUUGAAAGUCUGUGUGCAUGUGGGAACACUUAAAGAGGUUCGCCGACCACACGGCACAAACUUUCUCCAUUGAAGAAUCACCGAGAUGAAGAGCAGCGCCAACCCGGCACCAUGCGCUCCAGGCUCCCACGGACUGCCUGCUUAUUGCGAGUCAUUGCACUCUGCAUCCUCCUCUCGCACACUGCAGCUUAUUUUGGGCUGACAGGUCGGGAACCUUUGGUGCUUUUACCAGGUCCGUUUUCCAGUGAACCUCACACUGGAAAGGCUCACCUGAAGCAGUGCGAACAAAUGACUCUGACCAGGCGGCAGAAGAGGCUGUGUCGCAGGGAGCCUGGUUUGGCCGAGGCGUUGCGAGAGUCGGUGCGACUCAGCCUCCUGGAGUGUCGGUAUCAGUUCAGGAAUGAACGCUGGAACUGCAGUCUGGAUGGCCGGGGAAGCCUUCUGAAAAGAGCAUUCAAAGAGACCGCCUUCCUGCUGGCAGUGUCCUCCGCAGCACUGACACAUGCACUCGCCAAAGCAUGUAGCUCAGGCCGAAUGGAGAGGUGCACCUGUGACGAUUCCCCCGGCAUUCAGCAUCGAGAAGCGUGGCAGUGGGGGGUCUGCGGUGACAAUCUGAAAUAUAGCACCAAGUUUCUCAAGAAGUUCCUCGGCCAAAAGAGGGUCAGCAAGGACCUGAGGGCUCAGGUCGACACCCACAACAUCAACGUUGGAAUUUGGGCAGUGAAGAGUGGACUGAAAACAACCUGCAAGUGUCACGGCGUCUCCGGCUCUUGUGCUGUACGGACUUGCUGGAAGCAGCUGUCACCUUUCCAUGACACUGGGCGGCUGCUGAAGUAUCGAUAUGACACCUCGGUGCGCGUGCUGAGUGUCACCAACGCAGCCACUGGGGAGACCGAGCUCGCAGGGCCCCGUCGUCAUGGUCAGAGCCUCCGCACUACUGAUCUGGUCUACCUGGAAGACUCCCCCAGCUUCUGCAGACCAUCCCGCUACUCCCCGGGUACAGGCGGCCGGUCAUGUGCCAAAGACACCAGCUGUCAGAGUCUGUGCUGUGGACGUGGUUACAACACAGCCAUGCGUCUCACCAGCCAGUCCUGCCACUGCCAGGUACGCUGGUGCUGCCAUGUGGAGUGCCAGACAUGUGUGAGAGAGGAGGAGGUAUAUACCUGCAAAAAUUCAUAAACAAAUGAUGAGAUAUAAGAGUUAUAAGGAGUGUGUGAAGAUGUGCAAAAAGAAUGAAUGAUCCAUUGAGUCAAUGGAAAAAUGUGAAUUCAUCAUUGGUGUGAUAUAACUGGACUAUAAUCUCCUACAGACAAUUAACUGAGGGGUCUCAUAUCAAGGAAUAUACACUUCUAACAUUAUUAAAUUGCUGGCUAUUUGCUAAUCCUCACUGAUUUGAUAUGCAUCACAUUAUAUUAGGUGAGGAUGUUUUAAAACUACUCUGCUUUCCUCUCACUGGAUGCACUGAGAUCCUACUCCUCUGGGACAGAGGAAACCAAGCUCUUAAAACAGGUACUGGACUGGACUGGGUGCCACCAGCAGAGCAACAUCAAGCCCCAUCUGCAGGGGGGGCUGUGACAGUGACGUUGUUCUAUUCUCCCUUUCCAUUUGGCUAUUUAUUACAUCCGGUGUACUGCUGCUGCUUUAUACUUUAAGUCUCUUGUAAUCGAUUGUUGCCACUAAGGCUGAAAUGGCCUUAAGAGGAAUCUACCUGUCUGUAUUUCUGUCUGCUGUUUUAUUUUCUGCUGUGGAGAAGUUUUAAAGUUUUACUUCUGAGUAAAAAGCACUUAACGUUGCUCUUGCUACAUAUUGUAUGAAAGAAGGUGUAUAAUUAAUCAUAGAGGUUUGAAAAAAUGCUUAUCCUAACCCUAACCCUGCUUAAAUAGAAUCACUGGAAGCUUUGAGGGGCGGUCGAUGCCACUGAUGUACACCCUAACUACAUGCAUUAACUGGUUUAGUGUGUAAACACAGAAGCUGGGUUUCAGUUGCUCUUAUGGAAAUGUCUAUGGAAAUCACUACAUGUAUCCUAAUGGGGUGCUUACCAGAACAAAGGGAAAUGCUUGGGUUAAUAGUGAGGGAAACAGCAGACAAUGUCUUUGAAAAACAAUGAAAAAAAGGAUGCUACAUUUAUGAACAUGCCCUCCUCUUUUAUUUUCUCUAUUCAUAAAGUCACAGUCUUUGCUAUAAUUUCAAGUUUGAAAUUGCUUGGUCUGCAAAGUCUGAUUUAGCCAUGUCUUUGUUCUGAAUGCAUUUGAAGUGGGCCAAUCAUGCUUCUUAUUUUCACUAAUUGCUAAUCAAAGAAAAUCACCAUGUUUACCCCCUAUUACUUAUAUCCAACUCUGUGUCCAUCUGUGCAGGUCAAAGUGCACAUUAGACCCAAAAGGUUUAUUUUUAUUGGCCGGUUUAUGUUUUGUUUGAGUGAUGCCGAACUGCAUAUAUGAUAUAACUCAUGUCAGGGCUUCAGGCAUGUGACAAUGUGGUAUCAUCAUUUUCUACCUCACUCGCUUUUGGUAAAUAUAAGUAAGAUUUAUGAGCUAUGCAGAGUUAUACUCUCUGUAGAUAGAUGCUCCUUCCUUUGUGUUUGCUUUAAAGAUCACAUUUUAGAUUUUGUACAUUUCUUUUG